GCUGGAUUGAACGAAACGUUUCUCUCAAGUUUGUAUUGAACAAUUCAACAAUGCUCAUCGAACUUUCGCUAUUUGUUUUAUUGUUGUUUUGUUGGCAUAAAUACCAAAUUGAAUAUAGUAGAAUAGGAAAGUACAUCAGGAACAUUCCAGGACCACCGGUAUGGCCGUUACUUGGCUGUAUUCCAAAUUUCAUGCUAGGCAAAUUAUUCCCAACACAAGAGACAAUUUGGCAAUCGGCACGAGAUUUCGAUCUGAAGUACUACCCAACUUAUAAAUUUUGGGAUACUCACAGGGUUUGCGUCAUUAUUUUGCAUCCAGAUGACAUUGAAAAAUUAUUAACAAGUAUGAGACACAUACAAAAAAGUUUCCUCUAUAACACACUGCAUGGAUGGUUAGGGACUGGUUUACUCACGAGCCACGGAACUAAAUGGCAAACCAGGCGCAAGAUGCUAACGCCGGCAUUCCACUUCAAUAUUCUGCAGCAGUACUUUAAAAAUAUCGUAGAGAAUGGAGAAAAAACUAUGGAACAAUUGCUGUCCAAAGGAGAAGCUAUUUAUGAUGUCGACGAGGUGGUGUCGAAUUUCACUUUGAAAGUUAUUUGUGAAACGGCAAUGGGAGUGAAAUUUACCGAAGGGAACAUAAAUGAAUACAGAAAAGCGAUACACUGCGUAGGUAGUUCCACCGUAUAUAGAUCUAUUUAUCCUUGGUUCGGACCGGAAUCUAUAUUUCGUAUGACUCAAAGAGGCCGUGAAUAUAAGCAGGCAUUGAAUACGCUGCACAGCUUCACUAAAAAGAUAAUACAAGAACGAAAAGAAUUUCACGACAAUACCAAUGGUUAUUUUUUGGAGGAAUUCGCAUCAGAUGGUUCUAAAAAGUCUUCAACAGACGAUAUAUAUUUCGGAUAUCGUAAAAAACGCUUGGCCAUGCUUGAUUUAUUAAUUGCGGCGCAGAGAGAUAACCAGCAAAUUGACGAUCAAGGUAUUCAGGAGGAAGUUGAUACGUUUACAUUUGAAGGUCAUGACACCUCUGCAGUUGCUCUGAUGUUUGCAGUACUAUUAAUUGCAGAACACGAAGAUGUGCAAAAUCGAAUUAGAGGUGAGGUCAGUGAAAUCUUAAAUCGGACAAAUGGAAAAUUGGAAAUGUCGGAUGUUCAAAAUUUACAUUAUCUCGAAAUGUGUUUGAAAGAGUGUCUUCGCCUUCAUCCGAGCGUACCUUACAUGUCGCGAUACAUGUCAGAGGAUUUGCAAUUGACUGACUACUUAAUACCAAAAGGCACUUUGGUCCAAGUACACACGUACUCGGUACAUCGACUUCCAGAAUUUUGGCCAGAUCCAGAAAAAUUUGAUCCCGAGAGGUUUUCACCUGAAAACUCAAUAAAACGACAUCCAUUCUCCUACAUUCCCUUCAGUGCCGGACCUCGAAAUUGUAUUGGUCAAAAGUUCGUUAUGAUACAAUUAAAAGUGUUUAUGGCUUAUUUGAUCUACAACUUUUAUUUGAAACCUGUUAUCGAAACGAAAGAAAUCAAAUUUAUAACAGAUAUCAUUCAUCGACCAAGUCAGCCAACUUAUGUGAAGCUGGUGCCAAUAAAAGAGUGAUCAAGCCGCCAUGAGAAUCAAUUAAAAAUGUACAUUCGUAGAAUAUUAGUUUCAAUAAACAAUGUUACAAUUCUGUUAAAAAAUAUUAAUAUCAAAUACUUUAAAGGUAUUUUGAGAUUCUGAUCAUUCUCUGCAGCCUAAUGCGGAAUUGUCGUGUAGAAAUUAUGAAAUAAUGAAAAAGCAAAAAAAUAAUCAUCGAUAGAAAUAAAUAAUUAAAAAUAAAUCUUGCAAAUGAUACUCAGACGUUUGAACAGUAGUUAUUUUGCGUAGAAACGUUGAAACAGGUAAAGCGUGAAAGCUCCUUCUUCCACGCGCACACUUCGUGUUCCCACUAAACGCAACCAGGUCGUUUGCGGAGACCGUGUUUUCCCUAGAAAUUGGAAAAUUCCGAUGAUUCGCUGUUGCAUUUUGCUAGUACACCAGUUGCCUCUCGAGAUAACUGCUGGCAUGUUUGCUACCAGAAUUUUAACAAAGCAUAUAAGAUGUUAAUUAAUUAUCACAGCAUUCGCUCGUCUGCUUUAUCUUGACGUACGAUACAAUGUACAAUUCGUAUUUUCAUGGGUAGGCGGUCCAAGCCAUAACUAAGGAGCCUGAAGUUUCAUGUGACAGAUAGGUUCUUUGUUCAGAAGAAUGAGCGUAACAUGGAGACGUCGUAAUCGAACUAUAGAAAAAAAUGUAUGAUGUAUACAGUACUAUAAUAACCGAAGCCAAAUUGCUGCCAGUCAUUCAUGGCAAGUUAAAUGUUUGGAGUUUCUACACAGGGAGAAAAUGAAACCACCAAAAUUACUAGAGCUUUUGCAAGAAGUACAUUCAAAAAUAAAGAGAAGUAGGAUAGUCAGCUGCAAUUUUUAAAUUCAACAGUUCCGAAUGAAGUGACAUAAUCUAAGCCAAUUUGUUAAUUUCCUGUACGUGGCAGAUAUGGCAGAAAACCAGUACAAAGACAGGUGUACACGAAGCAAGGAGCCGUGUUUAAAAUUAGCAAAAAGUGCGGUUGAUCUAGACUAGGAAAAUGAAGAAGUCAUUGCAGACACUGAGGAGUACAAGAAGUUAUAAGACGAGUUGAAAGAUCUUGAAGACAACACCAAGAUUUAGUGCUGCUAAAAAUCGGCCACUCCACGGAGAAAAAGAUGCAGAAAAGGUCGACGACGACAGUGAUUUAAUUAGUCUUGCUGUCAGUUUUGGUAUUCCAAUUUUCACGGUUAUCUUUUUAUUGAUACUGAUA